AUGCCCGACGUAGAGGCCAAUACAGCCAGCAGUGCAAGCCUCGAAAUUGGAUUCGACCAACAGAAUCCUCCGACACCACUACAACUCGAAACGCAACCAGUCCAACCUUCAAGGCUUCAACAUGUCCUGAUAGUGGUCGCCUCGACGACCCUCAUUUUUACAGUAUGCGGCAUCGGCUUUUCCUUUGGUGUGUACCAAGAUGUCUACCAGGGCCUGUCCCACGACCCUUCAUCGCCAUUCUACGGCUCAUCACCAGCCAUGAUUGACCUCAUCGGCACACUGGCCAUCUCGCUCAUGACGAUCGGAGCUCCCUACGCGACGGCGUGGACUAAACGAUUUCCUCCCCAAUUUGUCAUCUGGGCUGGUGGAAUCGUGUUUUCUCUCGCCUUGCUGUUGGCUUCUUUCGGACAACGAAUGUGGGAAAUCCAGCUCACUCAAGGAUUGCUCUGCGGGAUGGGGACUUGCCUAUCAUACAUGCCCGCGGUCACGGUGGCGCCGACUUGGUUUACGGCUCGUCGCGGUCUGGCCAUGGGUAUUGUUCUUUCGGGCACUGGCAUCGGAGGCGUCGUCUGGGCUCCUGUGCUGCAUGGAUUGAUCACCAAAACCGGGUUUCGCAACUCUUUGCGCAUAUCAGCAGCCGUUGCCUUUGUGCUCAUCAGUGUCACUGCUCCCGUCAUGCGUUGGGAAGCUACUGCAUCACGCCGGUUCAGAGCAGAAGCGAGGCAUUCAUCCGGCAUCGUUGGCCUGCUCAAAAUCCCCUUGGUGGACUAUCGCAUCGCUCGAUCCCACACCUUCUUUGCGCAAGCACUGGGGGCCGCACUGCAAUCCGCGGCAUAUUACACCCCCGUGUUUUUCUUCGCCUCGUAUGCAAGAACCUUGGGCUACUCGUCAGCCACGGCUUCGAACUUUAUCGCCCUAUCCAACGCUGCCAACGCUAUUGGGAAGAUCAUCAUCGGCCACGCAGCGGACAGAAUCGGUCGGCUCAAUGCUUUGUUCCUGACUACGGCUAUUUCAGCGGUCGCUGCGCUUGGAUUGUGGAUUCCCUCGUCCCUUUCCUCGACCCAGGCCGACAGCCGCCACCUGUUUAUCGCCUUCACGGUGCUCUAUGGCGUUUUCGCGUCCGCAUACGUGUCACUCUUCCCGACCUCUCUUGUCGAGCUCUUUGGAAUUCAAAACUUUGCCUCGGUGAACGGGUUUCUGUACAUGGUGCGAGGAUUGGCCACCAUGGUCGGGACACCCGUCGCCGGCGCACUCAUCCGAAGUGCUACUCAUGAAAAAGGCCCUGCCCCGUACCAGAACACUGCCAUUUUGGUGGGCGUGCUGCUGGCAAGUGCCACCCUGGCCGUGUUUUGGGUCAGAUUGGAGGCUGCGGUCAGCCAUUUGAGGCAAGGAGGCGCAAAAUGGAAGCUUUGA